GCAUCACUUUCACCAAACAGCCUGUCACAAAUUUGGAAGCCUCCAAAAAAAUUUCCUUCGCAAAAAAUCUGCAACCGCAUUUAAAGAAGAAUACAGCAUUUUAUUAAAAUAAAUAAGCACAAAUUAAACUAAAAACUUAUCAAAAAAACAAUGUCUGAUACCACAGAAAAGACUGUUCCCGAAGGAUGGGAGGUCCGCACAAGUCGAUCCACAGGAAUGACUUAUUAUUUAAACAUUUAUACAAAGGAAUCCCAGUGGGACAUGCCAACGGAGCCAGCCGCAAAGCAGGGUCCCAAUGAAGUACGUUGUUCGCAUUUAUUAGUAAAACACAACAAAAGUCGACGACCAAGCUCCUGGAGGGAAGAAAACAUCACACGUUCUAAAGAGGAAGCACGUACAAUUCUUGAAGAAUAUAAGAAACAGAUUGAAUCUGGUGAAGCUACUUUACAUGAACUUGCUGAAAAAUAUUCUGACUGCAGUUCAGCUAAGCGUGGUGGUGAUCUUGGAAUGUUUGGAAGAGGACAAAUGCAAAAGCCAUUCGAAGAUGCUUCCUUCAGUUUGAAAGUCGGAAAAAUGUCCAAAAUUAUUGAAACUGAUUCCGGUCUCCAUUUGAUUCUUCGUACACAAUAAAUACAAAACAAACACAAGUCACAAUUAGUUGCUUAGAUUAAACAAAAAAUAAAUUUCUUUAAUUUAAUCUCUUAAUAACAACAAAAAAAAAAAAAGAUACAAAAUCAAUG